AUGGCUCGCUGCUGGAGUUUUCUACGAGGGCUCUCCAUCUGCGUCACCGUGCUGCUGCUGGUGUCGGGGGUGGUGAUGAUCGGGGUGGGGUUCUCCUCAAUCGAUGGAAACGUACCUGUCGCAGAGCUCUUUGACCAGUUGUCCAUCAGCGAUGGACUACAGGUUCUGCAGGUGUUUGGUCCAAUCACCGUGGUUCUGUCGGUUCUGGGUAUUUGUGCUGCAGCGUCGAACUACAAACCUCUGCUGCUGCUGUUUUCUGCGCUCAUCUUUGUGGACUUUGUUGCUCUGAUGGUUGUUGCCUCUCCACUGGUUCGGGUCCAGACUCAGAUGGACAGCGCGGUGGACGAUGUUUUCCUGAACGUGACUCCUCUUCACAGGCUGGAGCCGUACAUCCAGACUGAACUGGACAAACUCCAAACCUCAGAUUCCUGUUGUGGUUUGAGAAGUUUUGAGGACUGGGAGAAUCAACUUCCUGUUUCCUGCUGGUGCAAACUUCCUGUUUCUGACCCAGUCCUGAGCUCUCAGAUCAGGAACUCGAGCGCAGAUGGUUCCUGUGUGGUGGUCGGUGGUGACCUUCACCUUCCAGAACCGCAAACAUCGGAUCAGCUCUGGGUCCACUCCAAGCCCUGUGGUUCAAUCCUGAAGAGCUACUUGAGUUUCCCCAUCAAACUCCGCAUUGGGAUCAUUUCUACUUUAGCCACAAUAACAAUCACGGCCAUGCUUUUGUGUCUGGCUCUGGGUCUGGAGGAACACUGGACGUCUCCUCCGGUGGAAACCACGGUGGACGACUUCAACAGAGUGAAGUACCAGCCCAAACCCUCCCUGUCCUGACCUUUGACCCCGUCGGAGCCAAACGAAC